UGCAGUGACACGCAAUGGGUGCUCCUCAACCAGGAAUCCUCAUCAAUCUUUUUCUCCAAGAGUAUUGACAACCCCUAAUACUAUGAGUUGCAGACCGCAGCAGCCUGACAAGCAUUGUUACUAACUUAGUAAUGCUUCGUACUAUGGCUGUCGCUGUUUUUCUGAAUCUCCAUUCCUCGACUGUGAUCAGCUUCACUGCUUCUCGGCGUUUCAAGGGGGAAAUGUCAAAGUUUCGCGUCGCUUCAGCGGAGCUGGCUCAAGCCACGAAGUGAAGCUCUCUGUGCUGUCUGCGUUGUGCGUCGCUGUCCAUUGACACUGUCAAUGACAGCGCUAAUUUCUGUCACGAUAAUAAGAUUGCGAUGUCCGUAAAUGAAUCGAAGCCAGCACCAACCAAGUAGUCACGUCACGCCAGAAGUCUAGCAUCUCACUUCAACUUGUAGCAUACAAAAACCAAGAUGUCACUGGCUUCUAUUAUGCUAUUGCUGGCGGAACUUACGACACACCUUAUAAAUAUAAAGCUAAAUGCAUAACAUAGUCAUGAGAGGUAAACUAGACGAGCAUCGAGCCAACCGAAGUGUAAGCAGCGUCGCCACCUUCGAUUAACUUCCGUACGACGGCUAGCCAUGGGCUGUGGUGAGCAUAAAGAGAAGUCCAAUGGGCUCUGGUAUGUGGGCGUGAUUCUGACAAUCGUCGGCUCGAUCUGCACCAACAUGGGUGUAAAUCUGCAGAAGUUCUCCUUCAUGCGUGAAGCCAAGGGCCGUAGUGUUGGCGACAAACGCGGCUACUUCCGUCAGCCGCUGUGGGUAAUUGGGCUGCUACUCGUGGUCGGCGGCAGCGUCCUAGACUUCGUGGCGCUGGGUUUCAUGCCGCAGUCGCUGGCUACACCUGUUGGUGGGUCGACUAUGGUUGCCAAUGUCGCCUUCGCGUCGCUGUUGCUCAAGGAGAAGUUCACCAAGUCUGAUGCUAUUGGCACCGCUCUCGUAUUACUUGGCAUCACCGUCGUCGCUAUAUUCGCUGAAAAGGAGAGCGCGUGUUAUACCGUCGACGAAUUGAUUGCACUCUACCGCGAGCCGCUCUUUGCAGUAUACGCUACAUUAAUGAGCGUUUCCUGCUUAUUACUCUUUCUACUAACGAGGAAGAUGGAACACACACUGAAGCAUAAAGGAAGGACCUCGCCUGAGUACACGCGUUUCCGCAAGCUUCAUCCGGUCAGCUACCCCGCGCUUUCUGGCAUUUUUGGUGCACAAUCUGUGUUGUUCGCCAAGUCGAUGGCGGAACUUAUGAAGACAACAAUCGAGGGGGACAACCAGUUCGUGACGUUCGGCCCCUACGCUAUCGCGUUCAGCAUGCUCACUUGUGUCUUCAUGCAGAUCCACUGGCUCGCUCACGGUCUGCAGAAAUUCGAUGCCGUCUUCGUCGUUCCAGUCUUCCAAUGUUUCUUCAUCUCCAUCUCCAUCUUUGGCGGUGGCGUGUACUUUAAAGAGUUCGCAAAGAUGACACCACUCGCGCUUGGUAUGUUCUCGCUCGGUGCUUUCAUCACAAUCAGUGGAGUGGUCAAGCUGGCGCAUCGGGACAUGCAGAAGCUCAGUCCGAUCAGGAGACUACGCGCAGCUACAAUGAUGUUGGUGUUUAUCCAUCGAAGUCAGAAAGCUCGCAAUCUUAAGGCUCAUUGGACUGAAAACCCCAGUCCGAGCGAGACAGCAGAAUUCUUCCAGCAACACAACGUGCCUCUCACAUGCGCAAAGAAGCAGCCAGUUUCUCCGCGGCAGCGUUCAAAAGCGUCGGUGCUACCCGUAGGUCCUGAGGGAGCGCCAGCAGUGACGUCGACAUCAUCAGUAACUCCAGCACCAACCCCACCAGUCGAAGGGAACGGGGUGAGCGAGUCAACGUCCGUAGGCAGGAGAGAAGCACGAGAAUCCCCAUCGUCGCCUAAAAAGUAACGCUUAAAGAC